UUGAACUCAGAAGAAGAAAGGAAGAGAGGCAGAGAACAAAUCCCGUUUGCUUCUCUACUCCCUUAGCUUAAAAAAUCUCUUUCCAUAAACACAAGCCCUGUUAGGGAAUGCAGAGAGAUGAGAGGGGUUCUGUUAACAAACUCUGAAUUAUCUUACCGUGCCAAGAAGUGCAUCGGCGGCAGAAACUGCCACCGAAAACACGUCGAGGACGGGUGAUCCAUAGUGUUUUCUCAAGCCAUUUUCUCCUUCUUAAAUCUUGUAGUUUUCACCUUCCAAAAUCUUAUAUCUCUCUCUGUAUAUUUUAUAUCCGUAAGAUUUUUUUUUUCUAGUGAAGUUUUCUUUCGAUGGCAGAAAAAACAAGUGAUGGCCACCCGACCUUGCUUCAUGGGAAAUAUGAAAUGGGUCGGUUACUAGGCCAUGGCACCUUCGCUAAAGUCUACCACGCGCGUAAUUUGCAAAGUGGCAAGAGUGUAGCCAUGAAGGUAGUUGGCAAAGAGAAGGUGAUAAAGGUAGGAAUGAUGGAGCAAAUCAAGCGAGAAAUAUCAGUUAUGAAGAUGGUGAGGCACCCCCAUAUCGUUGAAUUAAAUGAAGUCAUGGCUAGCAAGUCCAAGAUCUAUUUCGCCAUGGAACUUGUUCGAGGCGGCGAGUUGUUCUCCAAGAUUGCUAAAGGUAGGCUAAGAGAAGAUGUGGCUAGAGUUUAUUUUCAGCAGUUGAUAUCUGCUAUUGAUUUUUGUCAUAGUCGCGGUGUUUAUCAUCGUGAUUUGAAGCCAGAGAAUUUGCUGCUUGAUGAAGAUGGGAAGUUGAAGGUUACAGAUUUUGGGCUGAGUGCUUUCUCUGAGCAUUUGAAGCAGGAUGGGUUAUUGCAUACAACUUGCGGAACACCAGCUUAUGUUGCACCUGAAGUAAUUGGGAAGAAAGGGUAUGAUGGUGCUAAAGCAGAUCUUUGGUCUUGUGGUGUUAUUCUCUAUGUGCUCCUUGCUGGGUUCUUGCCAUUUCAAGAUGAUAAUAUUGUGGCUAUGUAUCGAAAGAUUUACAGAGGUGACUUCAAAUGCCCCCAAUGGUUCUCCUCUGAAGCUCGACGACUGAUCACAAAGCUUCUUGAUCCUAAUCCAAGCACUCGAAUCACGACUUCCAAGGUCAUGGAUUCAACUUGGUUCAAGAAAUCAUUGCCAAAGACGGUGAGAAGCAAAGAAGAGAUGGAGUUUGAGGCUUUCAAUGGAGAAGAAGAUGCUAACGGAGACAAAGCAAAGCAACCUGAAACACUAAACGCGUUUCACAUAAUAUCUUUAUCACAGGGAUUCGAUUUAUCACCGCUUUUUGAGGAGAAGACAAGGGAGGGGAAAGAGGAGCUGAGAUUUGCCACAACAAGGCCAGCAAGCAGUGUGAUUUCAAGACUCGAAGAGGUGGCCAAAGCAGGGAAUUUCAAUGUCAAGAAGAGUGAUUCCAAAGUGAGAUUGCAAGGGCAGGAGAGGGGCAGGAAAGGAAAGCUAGCUAUUGCAGCUGACAUUUUUGCUGUCACGCCAUCGUUUUUGGUGGUCGAGGUGAAGAAAGAUAAUGGAGACACUUUGGAGUAUAACCAAUUCUGCAGUAAUGAGCUGAGACCAGCCCUCAAGGAUAUUGUUUGGACAUCUCCUGCAGAGAAUUCAACUCUCGCUUGAAUUUGAGAAUUGGGAUUUGGAGGUGGAGGUGUGCAAAUUGCAGACAGACUGAAUUGUAGUCGUUCUUGUUUGUGAUGAGACACAGAAUAGUCUUCAUUUUAUCUACUUUUUUUCCUCUCCGUGCGUGUGAAUUAUGUGGUGCUGUCACAGAGUACAAAUGAUCUGUGAAUUCUUUCACCAAAAAUCUUAAAUCGCUGAUCACAUUUUCAUGUUAGUGUGGCUAUGUAUGUUCCAAGUUGGAUUGGAUUGCUCUUCUGUUUCAUUAA